UGAUACCACCGUGGUUGUUCACAAGGGUGCCUGGAGGUGUACAUGAGAUCAUCGUCUUGUCUGGUGGGAAGGACGGAGGGUUUGGCUGUGUGUGCGGCAGUCACUCCGCGCUGACCAUGGCAAAGAUGACGUUCGACAACCCCAGCCAACUGUCGGACUACUGUGGAGUGUGUGGGGACAGAAAGCUUCCGGGGAGAACGGGUGACAACGUGGCUGGGGGCAAGUACGCCCUCGGCAUCAUCGUGGCCAGCUACGUCCAGGGCUCCGUCAUCGACGUCACUGUCAAAUUGACGGCGAAUCACAGAGGCUUCUUCGAGUUCCGCCUAUGUCCACACAACAACCCAAAUGUGGUGGUGUCGCAGGAUUGUCUGGACAACAAUAGGCUCCACAUCGUGCGGGUCACCAGGGAGGAUGGCAGUGUCGAGGUCGUGGGCGGACCUCACUUCUCCUUCACAGAAGACACAAACUUCAUCUACAUUGUGACGCUGCGGCUCCCCAGCCACAUCUCGUGCACACAGUGCAUUCUACAGUGGCACUACAAGGCCGCUCAGCACAACAAUCUGCAUCUGUGUAACUACAUAGGGUGCGGCGAUCAGGAACACUAUGUAAACUGUGCCGACGUGGAAAUAACACCUCUCACAAACACAUCCCCAACAACGACAUCACCAACUACAUCCCAGACAACAUCGUCAACAACCUCCCUUACGACUACAUCUCCUACUACAACGUUAUCUCCAACAACCUCGGUAACAACAUCGCAUACGACAUCGGAAACAACUUCGGCGACAUCACCAACGUCAACAUCCCUAACAACCCCCACAACAACAACAACAUCGAUGGCCUUAGAUGAGGAAAUUAUCAUUGGCAAUAAGAUAUGCAACUGGGCCAACCCAGACUUGGUCCACUGGCCAAAGCAUCCUUGCAAUGGUAUUUGCGAGCUGAGAUGUUCAACUCAUUCCCCGGGCUUCCAUAGUUGGUGUAUGAAUAACUGCGCUCACGACCCGCCUUUCUGUCCACUUAUAUACUGCAAUUGUCAGUGUAAAUAUCACAAAAGUCCUUGAAAAUGCUACAACUUUAACGAUAACCCAAGGCCAUCUUAACGAGGACAUAACAAGUGCUUACACGUAAUCUGGGGUAAUAACCUGUUCAUCUGUGGCAAAAAGUUAUAUAUCUCUAAAUUUUCUAGCUAAUGAGCAACUGUCACGACUACCAGUCAUUACCAAUGUGGGCUAUAGCCUCUUGGGAACUCCUACGAUUGCUAUAUAGCUAAUGAAACGAUCAAAUGUCUUCCGUUUGAGUUUGUUUCCUGGUGUUGUAGCCUAUUCUUGAUUUCUGGAUUCGUGGUCGGGAUAUGUCUAAAAGCGGCGUAAAACCCUACUCGUCAUACCUGUUAAUAGAUAUAAUGUGCUUGAAAAAUUAAUUAUAAAAUGAUAUUUAUGUUGUAAAUCAACUGUCGUAUGUCAACUGUCGGGUAUUCGUUAUUUGAAUAAAUCGGAGCAAGUGUGUGUGUGUUGUAAUAC